CGACAAUGGCCGUCGCUUGUGUCAAGGCAAGAGCAAGUGUAUAUGAAUCUUUCUACGUCCCAUUGACUACUGAUCUAUUUACUAAGCCCAUAAUAAGUUUCUUUGGAAAUGAAGCUCUUUUCUGAAACAGCCAAAAAGAAACGACACCGCUCCGAUUCCAUUGAUUCAUUAGCGAAUUUCCGGCAGAAUCUCCCUGUUUACGCAUAUCGCACGGAGCUACUUCGAGCAAUACGGAGUCCCAAAAUUGUCCUUGUUACUGCUUCAACUGGUAGCGGCAAGUCGACCCAGAUACCGGCCUACUUGAUCGACAGCGAGCACGUCAUGGCCGUCACACAGCCUCGACGAGUUGCUGCCACUACCCUCGCCCAACGCGUGGCGCACGAACACCAAGGCAUUGUGGGACACCAAAUUGGCUAUCGCGUAAGAUUUGACGAUUGCACUCGCAGCGAUACCCAACUUACCUACGUGACGGAUGGUAUGCUCCUGCGAGAAGCCAUGGUGGAUCCACUCCUACGAAAAUAUUCGAUCAUAUUUCUCGACGAAGCGCACGAGCGAUCCUUACAAACUGAUAUUUUGCUCGGUGUCGUGCAGCGUGCGCGCAAAUCACGACAGCAGUCCUACAGUAGGCGGCCAUUGCAAAUCGUUGUCAUGUCGGCAACACUACAAGUCCAAACUUUUGAAGAUUUUUUCGGUAAAGAAAAUGUUGUCCGUAUUGAAAUUCCUGGGCGGCAAUUUCCAGUGCAAAUGCUGUAUACUUCGGUACCCGCCGAAGAUUAUAUGGAAGCUACUUUGGCGACGAUAUUGCAAAUCCACACCCAUGAGGAAGCUGGAGAUGUGCUAGUCUUUCUACCUGGACAGGAAGAAAUCGAGGAUUUGGCGACGUUGCUAAGGGGCAAUACCGUAUCGCAACUGCUCGCGAAUGGAGUUCUCAUAUGCCUCUUGUAUGCAGCCUUACCUCCGGAAGCACAGCUUGCGGCUUUUGCCGAAAAGCCAGAAGGGUGUCGUCGCAAAAUAAUUCUCGCUACCAACAUUGCCGAAACGUCCGUUACAUUGCCGGCGAUUCGCUACGUUGUAGACACCGGUAAACACAAACUCCGACAAAUCCUAGCCACUGGUAUGGACAGUUUGACAGUCGAAUCUGUCAGUCAAGCGCAAGCGGCCCAACGCGCUGGACGAGCAGGCCGUAUUGGACCUGGACUCUGUUUUCGACUAUACACUGAAGACGCUUUCGAGCGCUUGGAUCCCGACAGUCUGCCUGAAAUCCUUCGAGUCGGUUUGGCGCAAGUCAUACUGCAACUCAAGGGUAUGGGAGUGCAAGAUCCCACUACGUUUGAUUUCGUCACUCCGCCCGACACAUCCAGCUUGGUUCGUGCCGCGAAACUGUUGUACGCCUUAGGGGCAGUCAACGAUGCCAUGGAGCUGACGGACUACGGCAAAAAACUAGCCAAGUUACCGCUAGAUCCUGUGUUCGGCCACCUGCUUCUCAAGAGUGCCGAGUACUCGUGCACAAGUGAGAUGUUGACGGCAGUGGCCGUCCUCUCUGCCGAGAACGUCUUCUAUCGACCGACAACCGGAGAAGUUAUCGCCAAAGCGGCCGCUGCCCACCGUCGGUUUGCGAGCCACGAAGGGGAUCUCCCUACCUUUCUCAAUGUGUACCAAGCCUGGGAACGAGAGGCGUCGUACCAUUCAAGAGUGUUGCAUGGGGAAUGGUGCCAGCGAAAUUUUGUUUCUGGACGUUCCUUGGGACGAGCUUAUCACGUACGACAGCAACUUAGGUCUACGUGUUUGAGGCCAGCGGAAAAGAAUGGGCUAGGGAUGGACGUGAACGUCACUUGUGGAAAGGAUCGAGAAAGUUUUCUAAAGUGUGCGGCGGCUGGACUUUUUUUGCAAGUGGCCUCCCGCACCAAGGCAGAAACGGAGAUUGAUAGUCGGGGUAACGAAACAGUUUCCAUCCAUCCGACGUCUACCAUGUUUGGAAGACAUCCUGCACCAGCUUGUGUAGUGUUUACGGAAUUAGUCACGACGAAAAAGACGUACAUUCGCGGAGUGACACAAAUCCGGGAAGAAUGGCUACACGAGGUUGCUCCUGUCUUCUAUCCAAAGUAA